AUGAAACUACGAGUGGCGUUUGCUGUGGCUUGGUUUGCUAUGUCAGAAGCUAAUUCACUUCCAUCAGCAAGAGCACGUAAGGACGCAGGAUGUACUUCGAGAGUGUGCUUGGGCAGCCAGGUCUUUCAGUACAACUUGAAACCUGUCCAAAGGAGCAAAGAGGAACUUCUCAACCACGCCAAAGACUUUCUUGAUCAGUAUUUCUCCUCGAUCAGGAGGUAA